UCAUUCCUCAGGUGGAGGCCUGUACUCUGCAAGCAGAAUCAUUGACAAAAAGAAUCAUGGCAGUUACUUGAUUUGAAUUCACCAAAAGAGCUUACUCGGAUGGCCAGGGAAGUACACUUUGAAGUCCUCCUCUGGCAGAUCCUUGUAAAAGCUGAAUUUCUCGCCGGCGGUGCCAACGGCGCCAGGCCAGGAGGCAAAGAGGGGCUCCUGGUGCUCUGUUUGCUGUGCAGCAGGCAAGUCCUUCUGAGGCCUCCGUUUCUGGAGCUCAGCUUUGACCACAAUCGUCUGCAAAGAGGAACAGCAGAGGGUGUCUGGAACAAUUCGGUGCACGGUUUACUUGCAAUUGCCUGCCUCACCAUGCCGGGUGCGAGGCAGUACAU